AUGGUGGCCAAGAUUAUCCUUCUGUUGGUUAUUGCUGCAUUUGUUUACACCAAUGCCAGGAUCAUUCCCAUAAUAAGAAUGCAGCUGAUGAGCCGAGGACAUUCUUUCACCACCACUUUCUUCUUUAUGGCCGGGAUUUUGGAGGGCAAGGUGGAUUUCGAGGCGGAGCCGGCCUGGGUGGUGGAGAAGCAGGGUUUUGGUGCAGGUUGUGGUUUUGGAGGUGGAUUUCAAACUGGAGCGCAUGCUCAACGAGCUGACGACUUUGAGCGACGCGACUUGUUUAGCCGCCAUGAGAUAGCAGAGAUAGUCAAGCAGCUUCGCAAGUUUGAGUAUAGGCUCAAGCGGCCAAACCCACCGAAGAAGGAUUUCUUAGCCUAUAUUGACUAUGAGAAACAACUCGAUGCCCUCCGCCUCCUAGCCCUUUCAAAGAAUUCUGUUAACAAAAAAUCGAAAAGAAUCCAUCUCCGAUUACACUGGGGUUUCUAG